UUUAAACCUUCCUUUAAAUACAUUGCUAAGCACUGGUAAGAAUUACACGCUCUCCCUGAUAGUCGGGAACGGAAUUUUCACGUUAACGAAAUGUAGAAAGUGGAUUUGUUUGGAUCAUAACCUUCACAAUAUAAAAACAAAUGAUUGUAUUUGUGCAAGUCUUACAAAUAUCUUGGCUUGCCAGCAUCUAAAAGGUUUCAUCCCGUUUGACUCUAAUUACGCGAAAUUGUUUAGCUUACAUUCGUUAAUUGCCAAGUUGGUGUAGAAAUGGCCCAAAACAUCUUUUUGGACGUAGAUCCCAGUAUUGUCGAAAAUAACUUGAGAUUUACUGACGACGAUAAAGAAUUCAAAAAGCUGCUAGGGGAUGGAUUCGAUAAAUAUCCUUCCAAAGUAGUAAAGCCACACCCUGGGUUUUGUGUUAAGACCAAAGAACGUGACACGGAUACCAAAGUAUUUGUGAAUAUUUGUAAAAUCGACGCCAUCCCGCCCCCCAGAGACAUCACGGAACAUGAACUCACGGAUAUUAUGGACUCGGAUUCGAGCGACUUCAAAAUUCCAAUGAGUAUCGGCGACCUGCGAAUGGAAAAAGACAAAAAGGGCAGCGACGCGAAAGUAUAUGACGUCGCGAUACAUCCCAAUUUUUUCGAUAAAAUCGUCAGAUACCAAAGUUUCAAAAACUUUUUCCUUGCCGUCGUGUUUCAAGGACUGGAAAACAAAUACGGCCUCAAAUGUGCAGACGAGAUGAUAAUCCUCAACAACCGAAAAGCUUACGGAACGCUGCAGGCACAUAGGAUUCAGCAAAGAGAAAUUGACGAGAAGAUGGGCAGAGUUCCAGCAAAAACUGCGUUGGACGAAAUGACUGGCGAAACGCAAAAAUCGAAAAAUGUUGUAAUCGAAACAAUAUCGACCGUGGAGUUUACGAAAAAAGUACCAGAUUACCGAAUUUAUAAGAGAAAAUCUGGACCUAACUGUUUGAUCGGGGAAUUUCUUUUGCCUAAUGUGGUGUCUACCAAUGAACUUACUUUGGACGUUGGUGAAGAUAGAAUUGUAUUGGAAUCCAGCACCUACUUACUAGAUAUAUUUGUUCCCUAUUUUAUUCGAAAUGAAAAGUGCACCUGCGCGUUCGAUCAAACCACCAAAAUUUUGACAUUGCAAAUGCCAUUAGUAGGAGGAUAGUUUCUCUAGGACAACAGUUUGCGACCUUCAAUAAAAACAUUACUUAAAACAUACAUUCCAUUUAAUUAAAAUACCUUAUUAUAUUGGAGGCAAUAUUUAUUGACACAAAAACUGGAAAAACUAUAAAAUUAAAACAUAACAAAAACUUAAA